GAAAACACUCAGCUGCUAUGAGUUCUGCAAAUAGAAACACUGUGUUGCCUUAUUUCUUCUGUUGUGUUUCUGCGCCACACUUGGGCUCUUAAAUUGAUUCUAUAUUAGACAUUAAAGAUAUGAAGUGUUUUUAAAAGAAGCCAUUAUGGUAAAAGUGUUUUAAGCAUUUUGUCAAACACCACAUACUGUAGUGAAUCAAACAAAACAUACUAUAAUUAAAAUCUUUAGUCACAGAAUGACGAGGGCAUGCACCAUUCAACCCAAACGUAACAGUUUGGAUAUUUUGAAUUCAUCCACAACAAGACAUGCUCCUUGGUGUCUGUAGCAGUUUUAUGUCAUGUUUUGGUACGUGCUUUUUUUUGGCAGGAAGAUUUAUUAGUUUCUUUUACUGAAGAAAGACAGGAAAAGGCAAACAGGUGUGCAUGAACUUCAUUAAACCUCUUCCUGUUUGUGCAAGAAGAUGAGCUCAAGAUGGACAGAGAUAAAAAAAAGUGGCUAUUUUUGCCAAACUAACUGGAAAAACGUGUAGCCGAUCUGACUAAAUAAUGACAAAAAUACAUCUUGUUAAGUGCAGCAUGGUUGUUUGAUCAUUAAAGUAUAAGUCGGUGUUUGCUUCAGCCAUGUUUGCCCACAAGUGAGUGAUCAUCGACAUAUAAUAGCUGUGCAUGCAGCAGAAGGGAUCCUCUUUUAGCUUACAUAGACUGUAAAUAAACUGGCGUUACGCCAUUUCAAAUGGCAAGAUGGAGAGGAUGUCACCAUAACUAUUGAAUCUUCGAAUGUAUUUUCGGUUUCCUGUGUUCUUCUAGCUCAGAUUCUCUGUCCCUCGUGUGUUUAAAGAGUUGCAGAAACCAGGAAGAUUGUGCGGUGCUUAUGUGGUCUUUUAGAUUUUAUUUGAGUCCUGCGUUAACCUUUUUUAGCUGACACUCUUGUGUUUUGUGCAUCAGGUUUUUUUAUCGCUCUUCCUUUUGCGUCACGAUGACGUCCAGGUGAAGACGGAGUUGAAUGAAAACCACCAGCAUCAGCAGCUUCAUCACAAGCCUUCACUAGUUUCUGGGUUUUUUGUUUUUUUCAAUAAAUUACACCGAGUUCUUUUCAGUAUCUUUUGUUGUUGCUGAAUUGUAUGUAUUCUAUUUUUGAAACAUAUUUUUAAAACUGUUUCAGCAUGGCUUGGCAGUGAGCUAAGUGUUGUCCUGCCGUUCGAGCACACAUACGCCCCCUCUCUUCAUGCGCUGCUGUGGAGGGGGUUUACAGUAAUUCUCUGUAGCGGUGGGGGUUAAAGAUUCGUCCCUGGCCUUUAAUAACAGUGAGAUUAUCAAGCUUCAGCCAGCUAUCUCUGCCCUGCCCUCCAUCAGCUCACAGCUUCAUCCCGCUCCAUUCAUUCCUCAAUACUCUUUUUUUUUGUCUCUAGUUUCACUUUUUCUUCUCUUGUCCAGCAUUUUGCUGCUCCUGACAUGGGAUGACUGUUGUGAGGUAUUGAGAUGAUCCCAUUUCUGAAGAGCAUGGCACUGGCCUGGUUCCAGUCUCACCUGUCCGGCACAAUCUCAAACUCCUACAUUCUUCAGCGUUCCCCCGGCAAAUCCAGCAGAACAGGACUGUGAGGAGAGCCAUGCUGUCUGGUACGUGGCGUCGCUCUGUGGGUCAGGCGCAACCUGCCAACAUGGUGAACCCCGGCGGCGUGACUGUAUGCGGGGUCCCCAGUGGUACUGUGGUACUCGAGGCUCAGUAUGACUACAGCUAUCGUGGAGCAGAUGGACGACAAGUUUGCAUACGAGAGGGCGAACGAUUUAUUCUCCUGAAGAAGACAAAUGCAGACUGGUGGCAGGUACGUAGGAUUGGAGCAGCCAGUAAAACAAAGCCACUGUACGUCCCUGCUACUUAUGUGACGGAGGUGCCUAUCACGCUGAUGCCCUUGCCCCAGCGCCUGGUCACAUCUGACUAUUUGAACUCUAACAUCAGGAUAUUUCCUCGAGUUUCACCCUCCCCAAGUCUCACAGAGACGGGCAGUAAUGUGCAUCACCAAGUAAACAAACCCAUCUAUCACUCCAUGGAGAACCUGAACUCCAGCAGUGCCUUCAGGAGGUCUGAAAAGAACACCAACAUGGGUGGAAACCGAUUCCCCACCCUUCCCCUCUCUGGUUUCACAUUUACUCCCAGUUCUUCCAGCUCCCAGUCAUGCCACCUCACAGUCCCUGUGUCCCACACAUCAUCCAUGGCUCAAACAGCACCACCAAAUCCCAGGGUGGUCCCUACCAUCACCCGGAGCCAGAGCUCCAGCAACCUCCUUGAAAACAUGAUGGAGAAUCCCUACGACGAGGUGGGGGGAGGCCUCGGCAGUCACAUCAACCACAAGGUGCCCAAGAAAUCCUGCAGCCAGUGGGACAUGGUGGGGACUUCGGGCCAGAACAACCUGCUGCAGGUCCCAACAGAAGCCUAUAUGUCCCAGCUGUCGUGGCAAGACUCUCCUAUUUACACCGAAAUGCAGCCAGAGAGGCGUCAAUCCCAGUCUGAACCACCCUGCCCCGCUCCGGGUCAGCAGCCCGUGCAGGUCAUGGAGCCAUGGGAGCAGUACUCUGACCUAGCCACAGGUAGAUGCUAUUACGUCAAUAGCAUUACCAAAGAGAGAUCAUGGAAACCUCCUCGGCGAGCCCGUGCUCAAAUCCCCAACAAGAUAAAGAAUCCAACACAGCAGGCUGCUCCAGCACAAACUCAGACGUUGCCUCGGGACACCAGCCAUCUGUCGCUGACACUUUCUAAGACUGGAUAUAGAAAUAUACACAAGCUGUCACCUGAUUUCCUCUUCGAGACCCACCAGAGAAAUUCCAACUGUGGCUGGCAAGUGACACAGAGCAUGCAGCGUGCCAUCUCCUCUGACACCCUGAGCACGAUGGCAUUCACUAAUGCAACAACCCAGCGCCUUAACUCCUCAUCCCUGCAUGACACCAAGCUGCAACUCAGCCACUCACAGUCGAUGAUUCUGCCUGAGAAUGGCAAGCUGGUUCAGCAGCACAGAGAUUAUUCCUGCAAAACGAUUGUUGUAAACCCGCCGUCUCCUCAGAGUUCUCCAGACAGUGAAGUCGGCACACCGGAGCUGGAAAAAGCAGGCCUCUUGAACAAAACAAAGAUUGCAGAAGGAGGCAGAAAGCUGAGGAAAAACUGGAGCCCUUCCUGGGUGGUUUUAGUCGGAAACAGUUUGGUUUUCUUUAAAGAUCCAAAAUCACAAACACCUUCCAGCUGGAAACCAGGAAAUAGUCGUCCCGAGAGCAGCGUGGAUUUAAGAGGAGCGCACCUGAACUGGGCCAAUGAGCUGUCCAGCAAGAAAAAUGUUUUUAAGUUGAGAACUGUCACCGGCAACGAGUUCCUGCUUCAGUCAGAAAAUGACAUUAUUAUCAAAGAGUGGUACGACACCCUCAAGAAUGUCAUUGACAAGCUGGAUCGUGAAAAUCCGCUGGACAAUGUCCUUCAGUUCUCUCUGAGGAAAGCGGGCAGCGUGGAGAUGUUGGACCACAGCAGCGACGAGGAUGAGAGGCGAGGUUCCUUCCCUCGCUCCGUGUCCAACCUGGAAAACACGGAAAGGAAAAGAGUGAAGACUCGGCUGAAGAAGCUGAUCCUGAGGAGACCUCCUCUGCAGGCCCUGCAGGAGAAAGGGCUCAUUAAAGAUCAGGUGUUUGGCUGCCGUCUAGAGAUGCUCUGUGAGAGAGAGAAGAGCACCGUCCCUCGCUUCGUCAGGUUGUGCACCGAGGCUGUGGAGAGCAGAGGACUGGAGACUGACGGUAUCUACAGGGUUUCGGGAAACCUGGCUGUGAUUCAGAAACUUCGCUUUCUGGUUGAUCAUGAACGGGCGCUGACCACUGACGGCCGUUUCAUGUUCCCAGCGGAGUUGGUUCAAGAAGAGAAGCUGAAUCUGGACGACAGCGUCAGGUGGGAUGACAUCCAUGUCAUUACGGGAGCUUUGAAACUUUUUUUCCGCGAGCUCCCAGAGCCGCUCGUACCCUACGGCUUCUUCACCGACAUUGUGGAGACAGUCAAGAUGUCAGACUACAUGGACAAAGUGGACCGCCUGAAGUGUCUGGUGCUAAACAUGCCUCCUCCGAACCACGACACGCUCCAGUUCAUGUGCCGGCAUCUCCGACGAGUGUUGAAACAUUCAAACACCAACAGAAUGACCACCCAGAACAUCGGCAUCGUCUUCGGCCCGACGCUGAUGCGCACAGAGAGAGACACUGGCAACAUGGCAGUGAAUAUGAUCUACCAGAACCAGGCGGUGGAGCUUAUCCUCAGCGAGUUUGACCACAUAUUCGGAACAAGAGGCCCCUCUUGAUCUUUUCCGACAGGAUGGGGAGGUGGCGGGUCUCCUCGCCUCGGCCCGGUUCUGCUCUUCCAAAUCAGACUAAAAACAUUGCAGCAAAAGCUUGUAGACUCAAAUGGUGUGAAAUGGAUUUUACAUCAAAAGAUAAUUAUGGGGUGAAAAGAACCAGGAAAGAAAGCUGCUAAUCAUGACAUCUGGCCUCCAUAAAAAGCCAUGUUAAAACAAUAAUAGUAAAACAACCCCAUUUUAGCUGCAACGCUCGAGCCUUUGAGCGCAGAUGUGGAGCACAGUCCCGGUGUAGCUCGCUGCUGGAUCAGACGCUUCCUCCUCACUCCGCCUCCAUGUUCCAGACUUCAUCAGGGUGAAGAAAAAGAAGCCAUAAAAGUGAUAAAUCCCCCGCAGCCCGCCCAGUGUUUUAUCCAGUUAUUCAUCAAGCACAAAGAGGGGGGAUGUGUCCUAAUGUAGCACUGAAGCAGAACUUAGCAGAACCAUCUCACUGUGAAGGAUGUUGGGACAAACGGACAGAUCCAACGGGAGAAUCCUGCAAGCAGGACGAGAAACGAGCCUCCACCGACACUCUGCUGUGUAAAGGUUUAAAUGUGAUUCCAGUGAAUGGAUGAUGCGCCAGCGGAGCAAUAAAAGUUCCUCUUUUAGUUUCCUCUCAGUCUUGUCCAAAUUCAAAUCUAUUUUAUUAGUGCAAACUCCUUGUGUUAAAUUAAAAUGUGAAGUUGUAAAUAUGUGUAGGGUGUGUGACCUUCAGAGUUCCACGUGAGCGUGUUGUUUAAAAGUUCUUGAUUGGUAUUUUUCCUCCCAAUAAACGCACGUGAACAAACCGA